AUGGUAGAAAUGGUGACGCAUCCAGGAAGAGUAGUUCCACCGAAACCACCUGUUUUUGGUCAGGGUUUGAAUAAGGUUGAACCAAACGCUUCGGUCAAAAGAGUGUACCACUGUAAAAAGUGCGGUCAAAGUGGUCAUAAUUCGAGAAACUCAUUGAUUAGAGAGUUUGUGAGCUGUAUCUACAUG